AAGGAGAGAGGAGUCUCCUGGUUCUCCGUCGUCAACGCUCGCCCGUUCGUCGGUGGUGCCGUUGGAGGUUCGUGGUCGGCUCAACACCGAACGUGCCCGCGCGCUGCGUCACUUCGUUGGACCAUGCCAGGCACCGUGGCUGUCAACCUGCGUCAGAUGUCCAUGUCGCGGACUUUCCUCCGUGCGAUGCCCGUGGUGAGGUCGGUCGCCGCUGCGCGAACGGCCGCCGCCAGACGAUGUCUCUUCGACGUCGACCACGAGCAGGUGAAGCGCGACCUGGAAGAAGAGAAGCGUGCCCACUUCGCCCGUUUCGCCGAAGCGUACAACUUCGAUCUCAGCACGGAGACGCCCCUGCCCGGCCGCUUCGAAUGGGAGAGCGUCGCCGAACGGCCCGCGGCUGCGCCCAGCAGCGCGUCGGAAGCAGGGGACGCCGUCGUUGCUUCGGAAACAGAGGACGCCGAGGCAGCGAUAGCGCAGCGACCCCAGCGACCAGUGUCACCCCCUAGGCAACGCCUCAUCUCCGACUACUUCCAGGUGCGCAAGAGACUGCCGCUCCCGGAGAAGAGUCCCCAGCAGCCGCCGGCCAAGAUGGCGAGGCUGAUGGUGGCGCCGGAGUCCGUGCCUUAGCCGAGGGGGCGAACACCGAGCGGCAACCGCAGCGCCGCCGCGAACCGCCCGAUGAAGAACCCCCGUGCCUUCUUUUUGUGUGUGUGUGCCCGCUCGUGGGUGAUGAUGAAUGAUCUCAAUGGCUGCUGCCCCCCCCCCCCCCCCCCAUUCCCUUCCCCGCCUUUUCGAGCCCUUUUGUUUUAUCUCUCUCCACGCUCUAAGGGACGCUACACCUUCUGGGUUGCACCGCAGUCGCGCAGCAGUCGUCGCCAUCUUCGCGCCAGCUCCGUGUCAGUGCCGCAGGUUGCUUUACCUUUCACAAAAGGAGCCCUGCGUGCAACGUCUCGCCCAAUUGCGAGGACCCGUCGUGACUCGACGCUGUCGCGUCAAAUUGCCCUGCAAACGGGCCAUUCAAGUUGCAACUAGUGCUCGACGCAGAAUUGGCCUGCGGUCUUGCAAGUUGUGGACCCGUCACCCCGGUCGGAUGUGGGGCUAACGCCUUCGAGGCUAGACUACGCUACGUGUCAGCUGGCAGUACCUGUAGCCUGGAGUGGUUAGCAGCCGCAUCCAUGCGCGUCUGAGCGUUACAGUCGCGAAAACAACCGGCACCCAGUGCCGUUGAAGAAAAGGUGAAACGCGCGAACGAUGGCACGGCUGUUGCUGUACCUCGAGCGGUGUAACGCCCCUUUUUAAUUGUCUUUAUUCUUCUUCUCCUGGAGUGAACACAUCCCCCCCGUACCUGAUCAGAGCGCCGUCACCAACACUACCACCGAGUUCCUAACUCCAGCCCACCCACCCCACCCAAUCACGUCGUCGUACCCUUUUCCACGAUCUCAGCCACACAAACUCAAACAGAAAAGGGGAGCGCCGUCUUUUUUUUUUCCUUUCUUUCCUUUUUUUUAAACAAAAAAAUGAUAUCUAGCAUUUUUAUUUUGUUUUUACUCGAUUUUAUUGAUACAAGCGCGCGCCUUUGUUGUUUUUAUAGAGAUGGCGGCGGCCUCAGCCCACGUAUAAGUGUCCGGGCCGUGGCAGCCUCGGCAGUGUGCAAUAGGCGCCGCACCAAGGCGCCCCAAACACGUCGAAUGUACAGAGAGCCUCUAUUCGCAAAUAAAGAG